AUGAAGCUACCCGACAUGACUACGGAUGAAGUUGAUGUCAUGCUAGACUUAUUAGUUGACUUUAAGAAUCGCGGGAAAUUACCUAUAGCAGACAGAAGGGCUGCAGUACUGUUGUUUUUGAGGUCAGUUGCUGGGGCUCAUGAGCUGAACUAUGAGCAAAGGAGCGGCUGUGUUGUGAGAGGAUGCCUGCUCGACUGUGCUGGAGCUGUUUCUGUGCAGCUGUAUGGAUCAGAAGGUGCUGCUGGAUCAGAGCACUACAAGAGCUGCUACAAUGGACUGAUUCAACUGGAGUUUCUUGGUUUUGAAUGGAGUGGGCUACUUCGCAUUUUCCUUCUGUUGCAACUGAAGUUGUUCACGUUGCUGCAAGGUCCUCCUCCAGCUGGUUUAUUAUUGCAGAGGCAGUCUUUCGGAAUUGCAGCUGAACCUUCAUCAGCUAAGACUCUUCCAGCUGGACUGUCAGGAAACUUUUCUCACCUGGGCUAUUUAUUUGAACCACAAACACAGAAAAUUAACAGUCCAAUUCAGCUGUGGGGUUCCAGCUGCGGGUUUUAA